AUGGAGAAGAGAAAGAAGAUUGAUACUGAAGUCAUUCUGAAGUUCUACAAGGAUCAGAAUGCAUUAUUAAACAACAAGGAGCUGGGUCGUGAGCAGGUUUGCGUCUCAGCUACCAACUAUUGUGGUCUGGAGUAUUGUUACAGAUACCCAAAGAACAUUCAUGUUUUAACUAUUGUCCUGUCUCAAGCCGUCAUCUUGCUGUCGUUUGAAACCCACGAGAGGUUGUUGGAUUGGUACCACAAGAUUAAAAAUACAUUACCUUCUGCUGUUGAAUUUAGAAUCAGGGUAUCCAUUCCCACCAAGGGCAAGUUGCCCUCUGGCCGAGCAACUUUCUACUUCUACAAUAACCACUUUGCCAUCACACCAGAAACCCCUACCAGACUCAUCUGUGCCUGGAAUCUCAGACAUGUCAUUCGCUAUGGUAGCUUUGAAGGGGGAUUUGCUUUCUCAGUUAAAGUCCUGCAUUCUGCAAAGAGCAGCAACUAUCUUCUUCUCCUUGACAACCCUGAGAGCAUCAAGAAUCAUUUUGAUGCUGCCACGCUUAAACACUUGCCAAGCCGAUGGUCAACUCAUUCUGAGACUAAUCCAGCAAUUCGUGAUGAAGAGCAAGGCACAUUGGCAGCUGAAAGGCAAAGGUUACUCAAUGAAAACACCAAAGACCUUGGACAGGAUCAAAGUGGAGGUCAUGAAAGAACACUUGAAAGAAUUUUGGAAAGAACGGUGGAAAGUAAUGAAAAUGAAGAACCACAAGAAGGAGAUGCACUUAUGGCCGGUGCAGACCUGAAUAGGAAUACGCAAUUACAUUCAGAUUCGGGGGUAUUCAGUGCCCAUGUAGCCUUAGGUAACGAUGUGAUUGAAUUGACAGAUUUGGGAAUAAGAGAGAGCCAGUCAUGGACCAGUGUGGCUAGAACAGAAGGAAGCUCUCGUAGUAGAACAGAGGACAACUCUAGAAGUAAUCUGAUGACAGAGGAAUCUGGUUUUGAGCAGGAAAUGUUGCUUUGUCCGCAGAAGAACACUCCCAUCAGGGAACAGGAAUAUGAGGUUAUGGCUUCCUUUGAUCAUUAUCGAUCAUCGAUUCAUGAAGAUGUGGACAGUGGGAGUCCCUGUCUACAUCCAAGACACCUUGAAAGCAGCCAAGAGACUCGUGCCACAUGUCAUAGUAGUAGUCACCGUGGUGCAGGAGGAGGAGGAGGGGGUAUGACUGCUGGAAGCCAAAGUCGAAUCCAGCAUUUGAUAAACAUGGACAGAUUUAAGCUGAACCUUGCAGCAGCCCCUGAUGUAAGAGAGUAUGUCAACUUGCCAAGUCCCAACACAACAAAGCUCUCUAACACACUUCCCUCUAACAGACCAAAAAGGAGCAAGCCAGUGCUCCCGACCUUGCCAAAUUCCGAUAUCCUGGAUAGCUUUAAUUUCUCGCCGCCUUCUUCUCCUCCACCAGCUCCUCCAAUCCAAAAACGAAAUAACUCCAGUUUCUCCUCGCUAAAGGAGACUAGUAUCCAUGUAGGAUUGUAUCCAAGUUUAGACUCUGCCAGGGAAUCCUUUAAAUCGCCUGAAGAAGAUGAGGACAUUCCGGUUCCUAUUCCCUUUGACCAUGCCACUCUUGUGAAACCUCUAGGUCCAAUAGCGAGAUUAAAAAGGAACUCCCAGGAUAGCGAGACUUCAUCUUAUAUUGCCAGCGGAUCAGAAUAUGACAGUUCUCAUUAUUCUAGUGCAGCAAGCUCAAGACACAAUAGCUUUGAUCGCGAUCCCUUCCUGUCGAAGCCGCCUCCCGUACCACCCAAGUCUGCGAACUUGCGUCUGCCUUCCAUUGAGGUUCUUCUGUCUUCUGGAAACUUUAACAAUGAGAACCUAAGUAUUCCUGGACUAUCAAGUUUGCCAUCAUCUCAACAGGAUAUUGUGCCUCCUAUUCCACCCAAACCAGAUCAUUUGCGCGGUAAACCACUCCUUAAAGGUCCACAAUCACCGACAAGCCCCACUGGCCGACCUCCUUUCCUUCCUCCAAGAAAGAGGUGCAAUACUGUUCCUUCUUUUGCAACAGAGGAAGGGGACACGGAAUGGGUGGAAUUACCAGAUGAGCAAGAUGAUGGAUACCUAAUCAUGAAACCUGUUUAUGAUAACAAACUCAAAUCUAUGCACACAAGGAGUAAGAGUGUUCCCGAUGAGGAAACGGCUCACUCCCAAACCUUGCCACUCAUGCCAAGAUCCUGGCAGACACCUUCCUCACCAAGGCUACAGUCUCCCGGAACACCAACCUUCUCCGAACCCUGCAGUCCCGUCAUGGAGUUCAUCCCCCAGAGUCCUAUCCACAAUCCUGAAGACAUGAGAAUCCAGACGUUGAGGAGAUCAGCCACUAUUGGCGGGUUUGGCCGUCGGGCUUCAAGGUCUCCAAGUUUCGCAGGACGGCGGCCGAGCCUACUGAGGAAUUCCAGACAGAGGAGAUCUUUGAGAUCUGAUCCAGGCAACAGCCACAGAACAUCAGACAUCUCAUUGAACAGUGCACCGCCCAGGAGAAGGAGGAAGGAUAAGUACGGGUCUCUGGAUCAUCGGUCUAUGAGUCUGGGCAACACCAAGCUUGAAGACUUCAAAGAUGAAAGCCAAGAAAUUCCAUCGUCCCCUACGAACGGUGCGAUGAGCUUCCAUCCUGAUGACUUUCAGGAACUCAAAGAUGAGCUGGACAAGUUUGCUGGUCCUCUGUCUCUGUCGCCUCCUAGUUCUGUGAACAGUCCCCCAGGGACACCUCCUCUAACACCUGCAUCCAGUGAGGAAAGUAUUCAUGAAUCAGACCAAAUACACAGUCUUCCUUGAGGAUAUCCUCUGAAAACGUCUUUGAGGGAGUCGUCUGAUACGCUCGGAAAAUCUCUGAAAGAUUAUUCGUGUGUCGUUGGGAAACAUCUGGAUUAAUCUGGUGUUAUCAGGAAAAAUUACCGAAGGAUUAAUCUGGUAUCAGUAGGAAACAUUCCUAUUUAGGAAUGAUCUGGUAUCUUCUGGAAACAUCUCUGAAGAAAGGAUCUGGUAUCUUCUGAAAACAUCUGUGAAGUAAUGGUCCAGUAUCUUCUGAAAACAUCUCUGAAGGAAUGAUCUGGUAUCAUAAAAAAAUCUUCUAAGGAUUGAUCUGGUGUCAUUAGGAAUCACCUUUGAAGGAAUGAUCUGGUGUCUUCUGGAAACAUCUCCAAAGGAAUCAGUUGGUACGUCAAAACAUUUCAUCAGGCCAUCUUCUUAAACCAUCUAUGAAAGAUCUACCUAGUAUAAAAAACCAUCUCUGAAGAAUUAUUCUGUGUUUUUUAUGGUUCAAUUUCACCAUAAGUAAGACUGUGAGCCCUGCUAUGCCAUGAUUUUGAGAAAUUAUUCCAAGUUGUGCCUCUAGAUCUGUGAUCUUUAUCUCCGCUGCAGUCUCUGCUCCAUCAGUUACAGCAUGACAUUGGUACAAAGAUUGUUAUAUUUAUACUCGAACCAUUCACAGGAUUUUAAUCAACAUGUUGUCCACUGACAGCUGUAAAGGAAAGAUUUUUUUGUAAGUCAUUCAUAUAUAGAUAUCUUAAAUCAACUUUUAUUUCUCUCAGUUCACCAAGUUUUAUUUCAACAAAGUUCCUUUUCACUCCCAGAAUCACCCAUGCAUAUUUCAUAAAAAUGUGAUUGUAAGUUACUACCAGAAGUGCAUUUAAAGACCUGUCUUAAAGCAUCUUAAGCUGUUGACACUGAGGCAUGCAGCUAUCUUGAAGUUAUACAUAGUCAUUUGUGCCAAGAGGGUAUCAAACAACUUAUGAUGUUGGUACCGACUUCAGCUGCAUAUCGCAGAUAUUUCAUCAGUGAGUUUGUGCAGUUUUAACUUUAAGGUUUUCAACAUUAAAAGGGAUUUUAACUCCCGUUUUCUAUCUUCUUUAAUGGUUUCUUCCUCUCAUUUUUAAAAACUUCCUUUCCUCUUUUCCUUUCCCUCUGCUUUCAUCAUUCCUUCCUCCAUUCUUUUUAUUAUUUCUGUCGUUCUGCUUUCUUUUUCAGACUCCCGUUGCACCAAAGAAGUCAAUAUUUCAUGAAUGGGGGAUCCAUGACAGAUUUGUGUUUUAAAUAUAUCACUUGCUCUUUCUUCCUUUCCCUUUCUGUUUUCCUGUCCUUUGUCCUACCUCUAUGAAUUACUCAUCAAGUUUUUGAUGGUCACAAGAUGACUUUAGUAUUUAUGAUCACUGUAGAAAUAUUCUGUUCUGAAAGAGCACAUAUGCCUUCCUGUCUCACUGCCAUUGUUUUGUUGUUGUUAGUACUGGAGACCGUGUCUUCUCACAAAAGUCAGAUCUGAAAUCCUAAGAACUGUCAUACUUGGUAUUUCAAAUAUGUAUGUAGACAUUGGUCUCCAAAUAUAUUCUUCAUUUUUUUAGUGAAGUUAGAUAUGAAUAAUUAUGAACACUAUCUCUGAUUCAAUAUGUUAUUUGAUGAUAUUAUACAGCCAUUAUUUAUUAGAGGUAUCUGAGAACCAGUUUGAGAUGAUUGUAGGAUCUUUAUGUUGCAACCAUCAUACAUGUAGGGCAACACCAGUAUCAAGACUUUCACAAAGCAAAUAAAUUUUCUGAUUGCUUACAUAUUUCUAUGGAUUGAGAAUUACAAAAUCUAAUUUUGAAAAAUUUCUGUUUUGGAGCAAAUAUCUAAGUGUUAAUGCUUCUUACGUAAAUCUACUAAACAAUUUUUGAGGGGCCUCUAAACUUAAGAUUUUUAAAUCUGAAUAGUAUGCUAUACAAACAAGGAGUAAGGUGAUAUGUUUUUUACAUUCUUUUCAGUACCGCACUGUCCAUUGAUGUCCAAGCUCUAGAAAAGUAGAGUAUUUAUGUUUGCUAACUUAGCUGCCCACAACACAUGAAUUGUCGCCCCCUACCUGCCAUGUGAAGAAUUGUGUAUACAUGCUUUCAGUAUUCCUGACAUUGUGUUCAGUUUUGAAAGAUCAGUUUAUCUAAAAUCAUCAUAUCAGACCCUGUUUAUCCAUGAGAAUUUGUAUAUAAGUGGCUACCAGCUUGCCAGAUCUUUGUAUUCAGUCGUUUUUAAUUACGUUAAUAGCAUCCGAGUUCAACAUAGGACAGGUGUUUUAUGUAAACCUAUUUUCAUGAUUUAUUAUCUUUUUGAUUGGACAUAUUAAAGCAUUCUGUACAUUAUUUGAAAUGUAAAGAGGUAAUAAAGUUUCAAAAGGUCAAAGUUCAUCUCUUUUGCUCCUCAAAUUGGCAAAUCUUUUUAAUUUUUCAUUCAGUUUCAUACAUUGCAAAACAAUAUGUACGAUUAUGGCAAAUUUUCAACAAGAAGUUGCCAAUUUGCCUGUUUAAUGGUUAUUUUGUUUUCAAUCCCAUUGCCAAUUUAGAAUGUGUACUAAUUGGGAAUCAAAUACUUUUAUAGUUUUUAAGACUUGAAAAGUGAAACUUUUAAACGACUAUAGCAGUUCUUAAAAAAAAGAAAAACACAGUAAAAUUUGAAUAUUUAUGCAGUCAAAUUUGUGAACAAGUUGAUAUAUUUUAGGACUUUAGGUGGAUUUUUUUAACCAUGUAAAUUGUGUGAUACUACUGAAGCUGAUUUCACAUAUAAGAAGAGAGUGAUAACAUCACUUGUAAACCAUUAAGGUAUUAUUUCUUCUUCUAAACCUGUAUUGAGAACUUUGUCUUGAUUAGUUGGUGUACAGAACAAGAAAACUUUUAUUUUUUAUGGCAAGUUAAAUAUAUCUGAGAUAUAUAAAAAUUGAACUACAUGUAUUUAUUUGUCAAAUUAACAUGAUUGCGAACCAAACAGUGCAUGCAUACAGACAAUAUUUUUAUACAUGAUUAUAGUGUGAUUUUGUAAGUUGUCAUAAUUGCCGAGUGUCAUUAGAAAAUUCUAUUUUUCUAUCAAAGAAACCUUAAAAUCUGAAGUAAAGUAGAUAAAUGUGUGAUGAAGAUUAAAUUACAAUCAUGCAAAAUGUAAACAGAUUAUGAUUAUAUCAAGAUUUGAAAUUAAUAUUAAACUGUUUCUCCAUUUAAAUGCCUCUUUCAUAAAUAAAACUAGAUAUGCCAAUCUUGAAUUUCAUUUUAACUCUGUGGAACAUUUUGAUGACUUUUUAUUUGAAAAAUAAGGAGGGAUGCUGAAAGGCAUCAUUUUUUUUCAAAUACAGUUUGAUAAAAGAAACACAAUAUCUCAAUACUUGUUCACACCCUCAAUGUCUGUUUUACAUAGGUCAUUUGUAAUAUUCCAUACAAUUUCUGGAUGAAAAUGUAGUUUUAAAUUUAUUCAUUAAUUCAUUUUCUCACUCUUGUUCUCUCUAUCAUUCUUUCUUUCUCUCCUUAUCUCCUCCUUCUUUCACUCAAUUUUCUUUUUUUUCAAUCCCUCACAAUCAAACUGCUUCUUGGAUUAUAUUCUUUUGCAAUCUCCUCUUUUCCUUCACUCUUCUUCUUUUUUAUUACACUUAUAGAGGAACUGUCUUUGUUUUAAUUUCUACAUAUUUUUCUGCCAAAGGAGAUAUUUUCAGAUUAUAUUUCAUCUUUUAAUCAGAGUAUAUGAAUAUUUUUCAUCCCAGUGAUUGCUUAACACUAUUGCAAAUAUCAAGUGUUUGAUUAUGACACUAUUUAUCUGGUUUUAUUGUUAGUGCACAAGUUUGAAAAUAAGAAGUCAAAUUUUGAUGUACUUCGAGGUCUUAUUGCAUAUGCAAAUUUUUACCAGUAAAUGAACAUUCAUUUAGAAAUUUUGCACAGGACUUCAAUUUUUUUGUCUACUCUCUCUUCCAGAUACAUGUAGUAGUUUUAUUGGCGUGCUUUUGAAAUAAAUUGCAUUUAUGUCUUUCAAACUGUCUUAAAGCAAAAUCUAGCAACAGAAGGCAAUGUAACAUACCAGUUAAUACCCCUCUUCGCUGGUGUUGGUAUAAAAAUGAGAAAAUAAUAACUUGGUCAGAACUUCUAAUCCAAGUAAGCAUUGAUCUGCAAAAUUGCUGCCAAAGAGAUCACAAUUAUUCUUCCUUGUAAUUUCUCUUUCAAAAGCAACAUUUUUCUUGAUUACUGCAAUAAUCUAUUGUAUCCUCAUUAUUUAUCACUUGAUAUUCAAGGAGAAUAUUCAUUUUCAUAUGUAUUCUGCACAAGGUGAUGUGUGUUUUUUACCUGUCUGUAAAUCUAGCUGCCUCUUUUAUAUGAAAACUUAUGCAAUUUUUAAUGGAAAAUAUUGUGAUUUCCUGAUUUGGUUCAGGCUGUACAAAUAUUACUUGUGUAUAAUUUCGAUCACACUCAGUGUAGUGGUCAUGGUCACAUAUAUGUUUGUGUAUAUUUUUGCAACACUUUUUUGUAUUCUGUACAUUUUGUACUUCAAAGAAAGCUGAAAGAGAUUUGCAAAUAAAACUCUAAAAAGGAAACUUACAUCUAAUA